AUGACGGUCGAAAACGAAAACUUCCCCACCCACAACGAGUUCCGCAGCGAUACGUUCACGGUGCCCACGAAAGCCAUGAACGACGCGGUGGUGCAAGGGCUUGUUUCCGGCUCGCUCACAGUGGGCGACUCGGUCUACAAAGAAGACCAGGAAACGUUGCGGCUCGAGCAGAAGUUGUGCGACCUCACCGGCAAAGAGGCGGCGCUCUUUUGCGUUUCGGGCACCAUGUCCAACCAGAUUGCGUUGCGUGCCAACUUGGUGCAGCCUCCGUACUCCAUUCUCUGCGACUACAGGGCGCACGUUUUCUUGCACGAGGCGGGCGGCUUGGCCACCUUGUCGCAGGCUAUGGUGCACCCGGUUGUGCCGGCCAACGGCAACUACUUGACUCUUGACGACAUUAUCGAGAACUUCACGCCCGACGACGGCGACAUCCACGCCGCCCCGACCCGCGUCAUCAGCUUGGAGAACACUUUGCAUGGCAUGGUGAUGCCGCUUGACGAAAUCCGCCGCAUCAGCGAGUUUGCUCGCGCGCACCACAUCCGCCUCCACUUGGACGGCGCGCGCCUUUUGAACGCGGCAGUGGCGCUGGGCGAGUCGUUGCGCGCCUACUGCGAGUGCUUCGACCUGGUGUCCAUCUGCUUGUCCAAGUCGUUGGGCGCGCCCAUUGGCUCGGUGCUUGUGGGCGACCAGCGCUUCAUCGAUAAGGCGAACCACUUCAAGAAACAGUGCGGCGGCGGUAUACGGCAGAAUGGUAUCAAUGCCCUUAUGGCGUCCGUGGCGCUCGACUUGAACAUGGCGCGCAUAGCUGAGGGCCAUUUUUGGGCGCGCAGCGUGGCAGACUUCUGCCUUGAGCAUGACAUUGCAUUGGAGUCGCCCGUCGACACCAACUUUGUGUUUGUGGACUUGAAGAAAAACAAAAUGGACGAUGCCUUAUUGGCCCAGUUGGGCGAGAAACACAAUGUGAAAGUGAUGGGCGGCCGUCUUGCGUUCCACUUCCAGCUCAGCGCGCAGUCGGUCGAGAACUUGAAGCGCGCCCUUUUGGAGUGCAAGCAAGAGGCGCUCCGCAACCCGUUCGAGGGCAGACGCUGCAACAAGCAGAUGUACAAUGUGGAGGUGAUCAAAAAGCUUCAGGACAGGCAGGAAUAA